GGCCGGGCGGGGAUGUGGAGGGCCGGCAUGGCCGCCGCCGACGGGCUGGGCCCGGCGCUGCGGGCCGUCACCGAGCGGGUGCAGCAGGCGGCAGCGCGGAGGCCGGAGGGGCUCCCGGCCGUGCAGCCGCGGCUGGUGGCCGUCAGCAAGACGAAGCCGGCAGAGAUGGUGAUCGAUGCCUACAGCCACGGGCAGCGCAGCUUCGGGGAGAACUACGUUCAAGAGUUGCUAGAAAAGGCAUCAGACUCUAGAAUUCUGUCCUCUUGUCCAGAGAUUAAGUGGCAUUUUAUUGGCCAUCUGCAGAAAAAUAAUGUCAACAAGUUGAUCGCUGUCCCUAACCUGUUCAUGUUGGAAACGGUGGAUUCUGUGAAACUGGCAGACAGAGUCAACAGCUCGUGGCAGAAAAAGGGGUCGUCUCAGAAGCUGAAGGUCAUGGUGCAAGUUAACACAAGUGGAGAAGACAGUAAGCACGGCCUUCCUCCCGGAGACACCGUGGUGGCUGUGGAGCAUGUCAUCAAGAAUUGUCCAAGCCUGGAGUUUGUGGGGCUGAUGACGAUUGGCAGCGUUGGGCAUGACCUUAGUAAGGGGCCAAAUCCUGACUUCCAGAUGCUGCUAUCUUUGCGGCAGGAAGUGUGUGAAAAGCUCCAUCUCCCCGUUGAGAAGGUGGAGCUCAGCAUGGGCAUGUCCACAGACUUCCAGCACGCAAUAGAGGUUGGAUCCACAAACGUCAGGAUUGGAAGCACUAUUUUUGGAGAGCGGGAUUAUUCCAACAAAGCAGCCGGUGACAAGGCCCCUGCUGAAACUGAAGGCAAAACAGAGACCGUGACAGUGCAGGGUCAUUAAAUGGGAAAAAGUGGCCUCGACAGAGGACAGCUGAUGGGAGACCUCACUAUGCAUUCUUACCUCCCUCUGUGUCGUCACCCAAUCAUGAUGGUGAGAGGGAAUUCCUCGUAACAGAACAGAGGCCAGAAAUGCCUCAUAAUUUAUUGUGAUCAUAAAUUACCCAUAGAAACUGGAGAUUUUUAUAACCAACAAAUGAUAAGAAAAUUUAUGGUUGAAAGUGACUGUGGUAUCUUGGCUCCUUCGGGGUCAUUAAGAACAGUGACUUUUGGAUAAUUAGGUUGAACAAACUUAAGUAUUUGCCAGGAUGAAGUUGCUAAUGAGCAGGAUGUAUCUGCAGCAGUGUUGGUGAUUGUUCUCACUGAGGACUAAAUUCUUCAUUAAACAAGUUAUAAUCUUGCCAGAGACAUAUAAAUGUUUCCCCAAAUAAAAGUUUUGUGCGCGGUCACUACUGAGGAAAUAAAAACUGUGACAGAGGCAUACUGUGACACUGGAGAGACUGGUUCCAUUUAAACAGAGGAUGAACAACAAGCACACAAGGAUGGAGGAGGGACGCAGUUGCCAGGAUGAGUUCAUGGUGUAAUGUUUCGGGUGCAGAUCGCACGUGUGGGAGUGUCCUGGCUGCAGUUCAUGUUCGUGCUGUUCAGGCUGACACUGCUAACUUUUCCCAUUGGUUCUGUGUCUGCCGAGAUCUGGGAUGCUUUCAACCUUCCCCCCUUGUGGAGUGGUGUUGGGAGUUACUUUCAUCCUGCCUAGUAGUUGUUGAUGCUGUAAGUUCUUUUUGGUCAGAAUGGGGCUAUUCUGCAAGGCCCUUGGUCUUACCAUCAGCUUGCUGUUGCUUUCCAAGGCAAGUCACUUAACUGUUUGGUGCCUCCACCAUCCCCUCUACAUCUGUAUGAGGAGAAUAGCAUUUGCUGGUCUCGCAGGACAGCAGUGAGGUUUGCUAGAGGCCCUUCAGGAAAAAGUACUUCAGAAAGUAAAGUAGUAUUGCUCCGCGGUGUUCUAGGUUCCAGGAAAAAAAAAAAAAAAUCCUGUUGCCACUGACAGAGCUUCUAGGCUAUGUCUUAAAAUCUUAAGUGCCGGUCUUGCCUUCGCUUCUGGAGGAGGGAAGCGGGACUCACCGCGGUAGCGGUUCCAGUCAGGUGGGAGCAGAAGCUCCUGCACUGUCACGUGCUGGUUUUGGCCAACGGUGGCUGUGGCAACUCUCUUGUAACCCGUGUCACAACCGCAUUUUGGGGCUUUUGUGCACUGUGAAGAGGAGGAGACAUCAGUUACCAGCAGAAACAUCCUUCCCAGGCUUUUCUCUGUGUGCGUGUGGUUAAAUCUAGCUGUUGGUUUUACUCUCUGACUAUAAAUGCUGAAUGUAAAUGAAAAGAGUCAACUCUAACACCAACCUGUCAUGGCUACAUGGUUUAGAAGCAACAUGCAGUCUGAGCUGCCCUCCUCGGCACUGCACCAUGUGUUGUUUCAUAGCCUGUUAAUAAAAAGUGGUGAAUUUUAAUACCAUCUGUGCCAACUAUAAAGCUAUUAAAGAUGUUAUUUUUACGUUCCAGCGUUGUGAAUAAAUGCCCUGAGUUGCCGCUGAAGCUCUUUCCCAAACCUGGA